AAUUUUCCAACUCAAUAGAGCGCGCAGGAAACACUUAACCUUCUGCGGUUAAAUUACGUCAGUAGUUUAUUCCAUUUCCUACGCUUUUGUACUGCUAAGCACGUCCCUAAUACAGUGAAAUCUUCACUGAAAUGCUCUAGGUCCAAGUUUUUCCUACACAUUUUGUUUCAGCGGAAGAGAAAUGGGACCCGUUGCUAAGUGAUUGUUUUCUCAAAUAAGCUCGUAACCAUUUCCGGUUGAGCUCGAUUUCACGCACGCGCUGGAUGAUGGACGACAUAAACAACUGCGAUAUCAUAGCAACCUUGAGCCAAUCAAAAUCUUGCAUUUGGCGUCUGCAGAUAACGAGAUUAAUCCAUAGCAACUCAAUGUCCAAUCAAAUCACAAAAAGUUGUUGAUAGCGCUUUGUUACUUUGAUUAAUUCAGGUAGGCAAGAAUAAUAGCCGGCGACGAUGCUCAUUCAUUACAUUUACUCACGCUUGCUUGCAACGAGCGUUUGCUUCUACCUGCUAAGUGGGAAAGGAACAAAUUGUUGGUUAUUUUUUUUAAAAUCGAGUACCGUCUUCUUCAUAUCCUGCACUGAUGACACGGAAAUGUUUCACACCGAUCUAAAGUGUCCAUUCCCUGCCUGCUGAAAUUGUCUCCGUCAAUAGAGCGCUUUAAACAUCUCGGUUUAUAUUUUUUUGCUGUUUCUAAUCGGAAUCCAUCAAGAAGUACGACACUUCUCUGGCUUUAUCAUCCUCGCAGAUUUAGAGCUGGUGAAUAUUGCUGCCAAUCGACGAAGCCACUUUGCAUUCGAAAAGUUUGUAAUUAAAUUGCUACAAUUUCCGAGCGUUUACAGCUCUGACACUCGUACGUGCGUCAAAGGGACGCCUCAACCUGCCUUGGUAAAUCAACUGGAAAAACCAUAACCAGUGACAAGUUGAUCAACGCACACAGGAAAUACACCAUCGAGAACGUCGACUACGGCAGUAUUUGGACUUGAUCUAGGGGUCGAGAGAAGAUCUAAAACGGGACAGCUGCUUAAAAUAAUUCAUCAAAGUUAGUCGGCGACGGGUUAUUAUGAACAACAAGAUGCCAGUUGCAGUGCAAUCAUAUGCAGAAAGAUUUGCAGCAAACUGGAAGGCCCAGAACCCUGCAGACCAAGAGGAAGAACAAGCUUCGUUAGACGAUAGUUUAACAAAUCUUCAAUGGCUGCAUAGCAUUAGCAUACAGGACAUCGCACCCUCGACUACUUCUAUAGCUCCUUCACCGAGCCCAUCGACGAAUUCAUGCGACUCCGACGAUCGCAGUGACACUAGCGAUGGAUUUAAAGACGUCCACUGUAAAGAGCCAAACAUUGAUUACAAAAACGAUGCCAACCACAAACCGCCAUAUUCUUACGCGACAUUAAUUUGUAUGGCCAUGAGAGAAACCAACAAGACGAAGAUUACACUCAGCGCAAUUUACAAGUGGAUCAAAGAAAACUUCAUGUAUUAUCGAGUUGCGGAUCCAACAUGGCAGAAUUCAAUCCGCCACAACUUGUCUUUGAACAAGUGCUUUGUGAAGGUGGCCAGAAACAAGAACGAGCCUGGGAAAGGAGGUUUUUGGAAAAUAGACCCUGCAUAUGCUGACAUGUUUGUAGAUGGUGUGUUUAAAAGGAGGAGAGGUGUAAACACACAAAAGCCAUCCAAGAAAAGUUCUUUGAAACCUUGUAAAAAGGCAACAUCCAAGAGAUCAUCAGAUAGUCUUAAAAAUUCACUCUCUAAACAAGAUCAAGAUGAUGAACCAUGGGCAAAAAAGAAGUUUAAACCUGUUAAAAUUAAGAUUGAAAGGCAGGAUGACGAUGAUAAUGAACUUUUCAUGGAGGAAGAAAUUGCUCCAUUUUCUGGUGGUAUAAAGGAAGAAUUCAGUUGGAUGACAGUGUUGACAAAUGAUGAAAUAGAUGAAAGUAUACGAGAGAUUGCAGAUGCCCAUGGAAUUUCAUUUGAUAGCUCAAUUCCUGUGACAAGCCUCUCUGGAUUUACCACACCUGUUUGCUUGAGUCCAACUCCAUCACAUGAUAGCACAGAUGGCGAUACAUUUCAAGUUGAACCCAACCUAGACUUGACAAUCAGAGGGAUAGGAUUACUACCACCUCGUGAAAACUUGGCAACACCCUCACCAACCACAUUAACUGAUGCUGCACAGUCUGUAUUUAACAUGCCACCCUCUCCUCCCUUGAUGUAUGAGGAAGAGCAUCCCUGGGCAGAGACAGACAACGACUUUAUAGACUGUUUUGAGUUGGAUGGGAACAACAAUGACAUUUGGUAAUGUUUACAAGACACUCUCAGGGAGUUAAUUUCUCAUUAAGUUUGAUUAAUGGCCAUUAUGUAGGAAGCUGUUGGGAGUCACCUAAAGGAUGAGCACUGCUGACACUGGCACAUACCAAACCAAACCAGUUUAAUUUCAGAGAAAAGGGCCUGACUGUCCUUGAAAAAUUUGCUGCCUUAACUCUAAACUCUCCUAGGAUGAUCUUUGCUGAGUGGUGAUGAUGGGACUUACAGGAAGACAGCUUUCAUUGACUGAUGGAAUCAUUUAGAAUCAAAAUAAAUUCCAAGUAGUGAUGAACCAUCAGUAAAAUUAAUCGAACUCUGAUAACUUGUUUGACUGCACACUUUACAAAAACAUGUGCCAACAUACUAACAUAAUUUGUACUCGCAGUAUCUCCAAGCUUAACUCAAUGGGUUUAUAUUUUUUAACAGGCAUUCUCUAAAAGAGAAAAUUUGUACAUAAAGUUCCAAUAAUUAAUGUUUUAAAUUAUGAUGCUAGCUUUCAAAGCAGUAUUUUUUGUGAAGUUUGCUACAUACAAAUUAUGUGCAGGGUAAUACACCCAAUAAGUGUACUAUAAGUGAGUUUAAUUAAUUUAAUAUAUAUAAAGGUGCUAUAUAUUAAAUGGUGACAGAAGCAAAGAACAUUUUUGAUGGAUCAUGGUUAUAUCAGAAUAUGGCAUUAAUAUACAAGUACAUACAUUGUAAUAUUUUGUUAAAUUGUACAUUAUUCAAAACUAUCAGAAAAGAGUGGGAAUUAUUGAACUUAGAUAACAGUUUUUAGAAUAAACUGAAGCUUGAAACAGAUUGACAGAGAAAGACUUCUCUGGCUUCUUGCACGCUAGUUCAUUUUGAAGUUUGCAAGACGGAACAGCUGUGUUUUUCCAGGAUUUUGCUCAACUUGUGUCACUCCCUAAAAAGUAAUUAACGUCAGUUUUCAUUAGUCAGUGAGGUCCUUACAUUCGGCAAUUUAAAUAUGAAUUAAACAAAAGAAAAACUUGUGUUAAAAUAGUUUAUUGGCAGCAUAUGCUUUACAGACAUAUUUUAUUAAGCAAUCCUUUCUCUUAAGAAUAUUGAUGGCCUCAAAAUACAGCUGUCAACAUGAAUCUGCUUUGUAAAGUUAAAAGAUAUAUAGAGCAUAUUUAAUUGUGUGAAGAAUAUUGAAUCUGAAUAAAAUGUGUGGAUUUUA